AGAAAACUCUUUGAACAUUGUAAUGUUAGUUGCCUAAAUGUAUAAUUGGGUGGGAAACAUAGAAACAAGACAGAAAAGAAGAAACUGUCAUGAUAGGUUAUAUUUUACUUCAAAAUAUUUUUUAAAUUUUCUUCACAUGGUGUUUUUUUAUUUAAAAUGUUUAGAACUCCUAUACUAAGAUGUAUCAGACAGCUACAGUUACUAGAAAAUACCAUAAAAACAACUGUCGUACAUACAACCAGCUUUCAAUUACAAACAACUUCCCUUUAUAAACAUCCAGAAAAAUCAGAAUUAACAAAAAAUAAACCUUCUAGCAGUGACCAUAACUUUUUAGUAAAAUUAAAAUCAGAUCCUGAUACGUUUGGAACGCAGCAAGAAGAAGAUCCUUUAGUGGAAGACGAUGUCAAAGAAGAUAAGUAUUUUACGGAAAAGCCUUUAAGGUCUCAAAAGCUAAGUACCAAACAGUAUGCAGAUAUAAUUAAGGAUCUAAUAAGGAAGAGGAAGAUUAAAGAGGCCAUAGAUGUUGUAGAGGUUCGCAUGUUGAAGGAGGAUAGAGUGAAACCUGAAAGUUAUAUAUACAACUUACUGCUAGGUGCCUGUGGACGAGUUGGAUAUACAAAGAAAGCUUUCAUGUUAUACAAUGACAUGAAAAAACGUGGAUUAAAAAUCACACCUGGAAGCUAUACAGCUCUAUUUAAUGCAUGUGCAAACAGUCCAUGGCCUUUGACAGACGGACUGAAACGAGCUACACAUUUAAGAGAAAUCAUGAUAGAAAAAGGCUACCAACCCAACGAUACCAACUACAAUGUUAUGAUUAAAGCUUUUGGGAGAUGUGGAGACCUUCCUAUGGCCUUUUCUUUGGUAGAUGAAAUGAGGUCAAAAAAAAUUCGUAUUAGAGACGAGACCAUAAACUUUCUUUUGCAAUCCUGUAUCAGCGAUAAAGAAGCUGGAUUCAGACACGCCUUGCUUGUUUGGAGGAAACUAGUCGAUAAACAUAUUAAACCUAGUAUUUAUACUUUUAAUUUGUUGUUGCGUUGUGUUCGAGAUUGUAAUAUGGGAGAUGUGGAAACAACAAAAGAUGUCAUUGAUACUAUUUGCAAGGAUCGAAAAAUGAUUGAAGUGCCAAAUAUUAAGCAGCUGGAAGAAGGAAACUCAAGAAUACCACCACCACCUUAUGAAAUACAAACAACAGAAUCUACAAACUCCAAUGAAAACCACCAAACACUUCAAGUUCAAAAUCAUCUAGUCGAUAUUGUGGACUCCAGACCGAACCUUUUAGCAAAAAUUCCCCAUAUGGGCAAUAUAAUCAGUCUCACCGAAGUGAAAGAACCCGAACAUCGUCUUUUGCUGUUAGGCGGAUGUAGAGGAUUCCUAGAAGAAAUCAAAAUUCGAGGAUGUUCUCCAGAUAUUAAGACAUUUACUCAAUUGUUAGACUGCAUUCCAGAUACUGUGGCCGCCGAGCAAGAACUUUUGAGUUCGAUGAAGAAGUUUUAUGUCAAGCCGGAUCUAGAUUUUUUCAAUAUGUUGAUAAAGAAGAGGAAUAUGAGAUCUGAUAGUAAUGCGGCAAAGGACGUUUUGAAGUUGAUAAAGAAAAACGGUUACAGACCAGACUUGAUUACAUAUGGAGUUUUGGCGUUAGGUUGCACAACUGAGGAAGACUGUGUACAACUCAUAACUGAAAUGAAAGAAGGGUGUUAUACCUUAAACACCGAAAUCCUGGGUGCUAUGUUAAGCCAAGCUUGCUAUCACAUGAACAUUAAAUACGUGAUGUACCUCAUGGACUUAUGUUUGACAGAAAACGUGCAGCCCAAUAAGAAAUUUAUCGAGAAAUUGUCAGAAUUUAAAGCAAAUCUUUAUAACCCAAACAUAGAAAAGACGUCAUCUUUUAUAAAAAAUAAAGCUCUGUUUAAAAUCCAAUACAAAAAAUGGUUAAACGAAGUUAGAGUAGACGAUUCUGAGAAUGUACAUCCGUGGCAACAGUUCAGAGAAACCAACGACAACGAGCACAAGUACAAGCCGAAAGACACGGCUAGAUUUAAGCCGAGACGACUAUCUUUGUUUAAGGUUAAAACAUCAACUAAAGUUAGGUAUUAAAAAUAGUUUAUGACAUGUUAAUUAUGUAAAAUAAAUUUUUAUAGUAA